CAGUUGUAUUUCUUAUCUUAUUGUUUGGCUAGCACGUGUGAAUAGCUCGUAGAUUGAUGUGUUGAUAGAGGGCGUUGAAUGUUUGUUUUUUUUUAUCGGCGAAAGUGCGGAGAACACGUUACGAAAUAUCUUUCCACAAUGAGUGACCAGAAGCCACAGAGCAGUAGCCCCGCACCGCAAGGCAGUAGUCUACCUCGAGGUUUGCUCAGUCGGCGCGGAAAAGUAACACCAAAUGCACGGUUGCCAUCACUACGCCCCCAGAGAGACCUGACACUUGGUGGUGUCCAAAAGAAAACAUUCAAGCCAAACAUUCCAUCAAGGAAGGAAAAAAGCAAGGAACCCUUGAAUGAAGAGAGUAGUGAGAAUUCAUCAAGAGGUCAGUCUGCAAAGAAAGAUCACCACAGGAGAAACAAGGAUAGACCACAUGGCAGGGACAGAGUCCGACAAGAAGCAGUUCAGAGUCACUCUUCUAUAUUUGAAGAAGGACCUGCAGAUGCCAUGAGGAGAAAAUGGGGAGGAGGAGGUGGUGGUGGUGGUGGAGGAGGUGGAGGGGAAAGAAGAGUUAUCAAAAAGGAACGAGAUGAAGAAUCAGAUGCGAAAAUGAUGCGAGAACUCAUGAGAGAUGAUUUUCUUGAUGAAGAUGAAAAGACAGAAAAGUCCAAAUAUAGCCCAAUUCAGCUUCCUCUGAAAUCCAAGAAAAGAACAGUUAAAAAGGAAGUAAAGGUUGAGGAAGCAGAGAUACCACAACAAAUGGAUGUUGAUAUAGUUAUUAAAAAAGAAAAGGAGGAUGAUGAAAUUGUUGCCAUGGAUGGCAUUAAACAGGAGAAGCAAGAUGAUGAAUUUGAUGGUAUGGAAGGGAUCGAAACAAUCGCACAAAAACCAGCCCCUAAAGUUAAGUCACGUUUAACGACUGAUAAACCCAAGUUAGAAAUCACAGCGGGCUCAAUAUUUUCAAACACUAAGCAACUGGACGGAGAGUUACUGUUCUUCCAACUUCCAGACUCACUCCCUGGAAAUUCUGAAUCGGAAAUAAGUAAAGUUCAUGUGAAAAAAGAAGGAGAUGCAAACAGUAAGCAAUCAGAGGCCAAUGAAAAUGUUAAAGACAACAACUGCCAUCUAAAACAUCUCCCUGAAGGAUUUAUAGGAAAACUUCAAGUUCUUAAGUCUGGACGAACACGACUACUCUUAGGAAAUGUUAGCCUUGAUGUCUCUAUGGGGGCGCCAUGUGGGUUUUUACAGGAUCUUGUUUCAGUGCAUUUAAAUGAAGAAAAAACAGGGAAUAUGAAUUGUUUAGGACAAGUUAAGCAUCGAAUUGUCUGCUCUCCGGAUUUUGAAAGCUUACUUUCUCUUGGAACAUAACAUUUGUUAAAUUUGUGUGAAUAAUAAAGUAACAUAGAGACAUAUUUAUAUAUAUAGUGUAAUAUGUGCCUUGUGUCACUGUUGAUGAAUGUAUUCCAUAAGAAAAUAAAAUUGUUGGAUUCAGA